UCACCAGUCAUCCUCCGGAUCCUGCUCCAUCUUGACCACUCCGCCGGGACUCCCGCCACCACCACCGCCACCACUGCCGCUGCCACCAGCAGCCUUGGUGUGGGCCCCAUCCCCUCCUCCGCCCCCUGCCCCCGCCCCACCUCCUACGAUAGCGUCCAGGCCGGCGUGGCGUGAGAGGUUCUCCAAUAUUCCCUCGAUACUUCCAGCCCCCAAAGUGCCCUCGAGUGCAUCACGCAACGUCGGCUGUUGCCCACCACCCUGUGGUGCAGCGGGAGGAGGGAAGUCUGGGGGAGGGGGUGCGGCAGAUGUGAUGGAUGAGAGAGCCGACUGGACGGCGGCCUGGUAGUCGGUGUGCGACGGUUGCUGUGGCUGCUGUGGCUGCUGCUGCUGUGGCUGUGGCUGUGGCUGUGGCUGUUGGAGUGACGGGAUGCGGUCAGCUGGUCUGGGUGGGCUGGGCUUGGCGGAGUGCUCACUCUCGUGGGCAUCCACGAACUCCUCGUUCGACGGCUCCUCGCGAGACUGAGAGAAAGAAAUGCAGGGGGGGAUGCACACAAGGAUGGAUGAGUCAUGUGUCGAUUGCGGUGCGGUGGGAUGUGGUGGUGUGGUGGUGUGGGUGUUUUGUGUUGGUGGAGGUGGAGAUGUCGCUCACUCUGCUGUGUUCGUCGCCGUUUCUCUCUCUGGGUGUGGACAUGUCGUAGAACUCGGUGUUUGACGGCCGCUUGAGGUCGCGGUCGCCACCCACCACCUCACCCGACGCAGUGGUCGACGCAGUGCGCUGGUUGCUGACUCACACAGAAAGUGACACACACACACACAGACACCCAAGACAGAGGCAUCCAUCCACCUUAUAUCACACGUCGAUCCAUCUUGAUCGACCGUACCUGAUCUCAGCCACGGGUCCCCCACUCUCCUGCUGCGAAAAGCCGGGCGGCGGCCCCACAGACAGACCGCCGCCCCCCUGGCCACCUUGCCCAGUCCCCCAGCUGCUGCUGCUGGGACAGUCGAGCGACGGCUGUGUGCUGCUCCUGUGAUGGUCGGUGAGGGCCUGGCUGCCAGAGGACGAGCCCAUGCCCCAGCCGCCGAAGGAGUUGGCUCGCUGGGGGUCAAAUCGAGGGGAGGCCUCCCACGCGUCGAAGAUCUCACUGUCGGUCCACUCGCGGCAGAAGUUGUUGAUGCCGGGCUUCCCGGGCCGGCCGGGCUUGCCUGACACACGCACACGAACAACGCACAGAUAUAUUGAGACAUUGAGACAUUGACAUUCGUCUGUGGUGGUGGGCUGCUUACCCCCCCGGCCUCUGCCUCGUUCGCCCAGUCUAAACCCGCGGCCCCGUCCAAAGUCGCCCCUACCACGACCUCUAGCCAUGCCGAACCCUCCCCCUCCCCCACCCACAAUCCACGAGUCACCACCAUACCCACCAAGGCCACCACCACCACCACCAGCCCCGCCCCAUGACGACGAGUCGCCCCCUCCCCCUCCACCGCCAUAUGCCGACCCGCCGAACCGUGAGAGGGAUCCUCCGAUGAUGUGUGGCAGCUGUGCGGUGGCCUGCUCGCGGUGCGGCUGCUGCUCGCGGUGCGGCUGGUUGGCGGGGCUGCCGUGGCCGCCGACGUCCCACGCGCUCGCCAGCGAAUCGUCUAGCUGCCGGUGGGGCUGCGCCCCGAAGUAGGGGGAGCUCGACUGCUGUGCGCUGCCUGGCGAUGCUGCUGGGGAUGGGGUCGCCUUGGGGGCUUCUGUGGAAAAGGGAUAUCAAGGGGUGGAGAGGGAGAGCUUAUCAAGGCAGGUGGCGAAGGUCUGCGGCGUACCUACGACGAUUCCGAUCUUGGCUUUGAGCGCGUUGACGAGGCCGACGGGCAGGCCCAGUUGCUUCCACUGGUCCUCUGUCAGCUGGCGAAGCGCAUCCGCCCUGAUGAAUGACACAAACGGCAAAACCACAGCGGCUGCAACCAUGGGGUGGGGGCUGGGCUGCUCUGCUCACGUGUUGAGCCACUGGCUGCUGAGUGUGGUGUAGACCCUCAUGGCCUCCUCCUCAGUGCGGCCGUGAGACAACGCACACUCACGGAUCGCCGCAUACAACUCCUGCCUGCAGCCAUUAACCACAACACACCACAACAACACACUAAAUGACACACACGCCCCUCGCCCUUCUGUAUCAUCCUGUGCCGUGUUGACUCACUGCUCUCGGUCCUUAGGGACGUCAUACUGUUGCGGCUGUGGCUGCUGUGCCUGUGCCUGUGGCGGUGCCUGUGCCUGUGGCUGGGCAGCCAUCAUGCCCCCUCUCUCCGCCCCUGCCGCCAUCCCCACCUGCUGCUGCUGCUGCGGCACCUGCUGGGGCGGCUGGGCGGCAGCUUGCUGCUGCUGCUGCUGGCCGCCAUAGUAGGGGUAUCCCGACACAGACAUUACUCGCUGCUGCUUGGCCACGGGAGCAGCCUGCACCUGCUGCUGCGGCAUGGUGGGCGAUGUCCGCUGAGCCGGGGGCGGCUGGCGCGGCAUGGACUGAUAGAGCGGCUGUUGCUGUUGUUGUGUCUGCUGCUGUUGUGAGGGUGCCUGCGAUGGGGGCGGCAUGGCGGGGGCGGGUGAAGGGCGGGGGGCAGGGGCGGCGCCUGUCGCGCUCAACAGCUUCAGCACCUCUGCACACACGAGAAAUCAAGAAGGAAAGGAAAAGGGCAGAGAUACGACGUAGAUGGACGUGUAAGAGCGAUUGAUGCUCUCCUUCAGCUGGCUUACGGCUGAUUUCCGAGCCUUGCAGCGAUCCGAGUGACCCGAGCAGCUGCCUGGCGGCCUCGUCGUUGCCCUGGUGCCCGCCUCCGUCCAACUGAAGGGCCGUGAACAAGGCCUCCAUACCCUGAGUGUUGGCAGAUGCCAACAAACACCCCACCCCGCAGCACAACACCAUCAGGAAGGCAAGAAUUGUGAGCUCCUAUCUCCUCAUUCAUUGGCCUGGCCUCUCUGCUGACUGACCAAAGGGCAUACCUGGUCGCCCGUCGGUUGCUGCUGUCCGUGCCUCUCGUCACCGAAGAAGGGCUGGCGUGCCGGGGACCCCGUCGCCGGUGGCUGCCCUGGCCCUCCGCUAACCUGACGCUGCGGGUGCUGCUGCUGCUGCUGCUGGUGGUGGGGCGGGUUGAACGGCUCCGCACCCGCACGCAGAUGCCCCGACUGCUGCUGCAUCGCUAUCGCUGUGGUCCACUCCACUAUACUAUACUCCACUUUUGUGUCUCGGCUGGCACACGAUUGGAAGGUGGCUGCUGAGCAACGGGUAAGCGGAGGAACGUGCAACACUCCUGUGGUGUGCUGUGCCGCGGCGAGGCUCCAACCUUGCUGCUGGAGAGGGGAUCUCCACUAACAGAUGGCAAGAGGAAAUGGCGAUCGCCAAAAGCGCUGCGCCUGACCUGAGCCGGCUGCCAGCCGUCCGACAGC